AUGCUACGACGUGCUCUUCCUUCUCAUUACCCGAGAACAUUGCUCACUCGGCGCUCUGCUAAUGCCGGCUUAAUUGCAAGAUCGGCUCGCGUUGUCGCGGUGCAACAAUUGCGACCCAGACUUACAGCCGCUGCUGCUGUGUAUACCGCCAAGCGAUUCUACAAUGGUGGAGGAAUGCCGCCUGGUGGUUUUCGUAUGGCACCCAACCAGGAGCAAGAACAACCCAAAGCUCUCGAACAAUUUGGUAUAGAUCUUACAUCAAUGGCUGAAAAGGGCAAACUUGAUCCCGUCAUCGGCCGUGAUGAAGAAAUCCGACGUACCAUUGAAGGUAAUAUACCAAACGAUAUACUUGAUUUUGUGUUGGCACGCCGAACCAAAAACAACCCCGUAUUGAUCGGUGAAGCGGGUGUGGGUAAAACAGCCAUUGCAGAGGGUCUUGCACAACGCAUUGUUGCCAAUGAGGUCCCCGAAUCUAUUCAAGGAAGACGAGUCAUUGCUUUGGAUCUUGGAGGUCUCGUUGCAGGUGCCAAAUACCGGGGUGAAUUCGAAGAUCGUUUAAAGGGCGUCUUGAAAGAAGUGACCGAAGCAGAGGGCAAGAUUAUCCUUUUCAUUGAUGAAAUCCACAAUCUUUUGGGUCUUGGCAAAUCGGAAGGUGCAAUGGAUGCUGGAAAUCUCUUAAAGCCUGCAUUGGCACGUGGCCAGUUGCGUUGUGUUGGUGCGACAACCAUUGACGAAUACCGAAAGGCAUGUGAAAUUUACAUCAUGUCCGACCCUGCAUUGGCGCGACGUUUCCAAUCGGUCAUGGUUGAGGAACCAACUGUUCAAGACACUAUCUCCAUUUUGCGUGGAUUGAGAGAACGUUACGAGGUGCAUCAUGGUGUCCAGAUUGCGGAUUCAGCACUUGUAUCAGCUGCAAUUCAAUCCCAUCGAUAUAUCUCUGAUAGAUUCCUUCCUGAUAAGGCGAUUGAUCUUGUGGAUGAAGCAUGUUCAAAGUUACGACUUCAGCAAGAAAGCAAACCUGAAGCACUUGAGAAUCUCGAUCGUCAAAUCAUGACCAUGCAAAUUGAAUUGGAAUCGUUACGCAAGGAAUCGGAUAUUCUCUCGGUGGAGCGCCGUGAAAAGCUGCAAUCUGAGCUCGAGCAAAAGCAAAAGGAGAGCGAACGCUUAUCAGGCAUUUGGAAUGAAGAAAGACAAAAGAUUGAUGAGAUCAAGAAGAUUAAGGAGGAUUUGAACCAAGCACGCGUGGAGCUCGAGUCGGCCCAAAGAGCUGGUAAUUUUUCACGUGCUUCCGAAUUACGUUAUGGUGUGAUCCCCAAUCUGCAAAAGAAGUUGCCCAAGGAGAAUACCGAGGAGGAUACUUCAGAGUCCUUGGUGCAUGAACGUGUUACUUCGGAUGAUAUCGCUCGUGUGGUCUCUCGUAUGACAGGUAUUCCUGUUAGGAAUCUCAUGCGAGGCGAACGCGAAAAGUUGCUUCAUAUGGAAGAUGUCUUGAGUAAACGUGUGGUGGGACAAGAUGAAGCUAUCACGGCUGUCUCUGAAGCCGUGCGCCUCAGCCGUGCUGGUUUACAGAAUCCUUCUCGACCAAUCGCAUCGUUCCUAUUCCUUGGACCGACAGGUGUUGGCAAGACCGAGCUAUGCAAGACGAUUGCUCAAUUCUUAUUUGAUACUGAAAAUGCCAUUGUACGCAUCGACAUGUCGGAAUACAUGGAGAAGUUUUCUGUCAGCAGACUCAUUGGUGCACCUCCUGGAUAUGUUGGUUAUGACGAUGGGGGUGGCGAAUUAACAGAGUCUGUUCGACGUCGACCUUACGCAGUGGUACUUCUCGAUGAAAUGGAAAAGGCACACAAAGAUGUGUAUAAUAUUUUACUCCAAGUGCUCGACGAUGGUGUCUUGACCGACAGCAAGGGACGCAAGAUCGAUUUCAAGAACACCAUCAUCAUCAUGACGUCCAAUUUGGGUGCUGAAGCAUUGGUCACUGAUAAGAGCGAUAAUGGAAACGUGAGCAAGCAAGCCAAGAAUAUGGUGAUGGAUGCUGUACGCCACAAUUUCUCUCCUGAGUUUAUCAACCGUGUGGACGAAAUGGUGGUAUUCAAUCGACUUUCUCGCAAUGCAUUGCGUGAGAUUGUGGAUGUGCGUCUCAACGAGGUUGAAGGCCGUGUCAGUGAUCGACGUAUCAAAUUGGAUGUGGAUUUGGAAGCAAGAGACUGGCUUGGUGAACGUGGCUAUGACCCCGCCUAUGGCGCACGACCCCUGAAUCGCCUCAUCCAAAAGAAAUUACUCAACCCAUUAGCACGCUUGUUGAUUGAUGGUGGUGUGCGUACGGGCGAAGACGCCAAAGUCCGAGUUACCAAACUUGCAUCAGGCGAAACGGAUCUUGAAGUUGUGCGUAAUCAUGAACCUGGUUUAGCCGCUGAUGAGCAAGAAAACGAAGAUGCCAAUAUGGCGCCUGUUGGUGACGAGGAAGAAGUAUUGCAAGAAGAAAAGGAAUCCGAGGACAAGAAGAAUAAUGAGCAACAACAACAAUAA